UACAACUCUAAACGAAAAAUAUAGUAUUCCACUUCCGAUCAUCACAGACUUUUCUCUCAAAAAAUGUCGUAACAUAUGUUGGGAAAAAUCUGUUGUAUUCCUUCAGUAUGGGUGACAAAUUUCUAUCUUUAGACAGCCAGACCCAUGAACUUAAGUUAGGCAAAAGUUUUGACCCCAGAUCCGGAGUAUAUUUUCAUUCCAUGCGCUAUGAUUUUAAACCAGCUUCUGUUGAUACUGGUCAGAAUUCUACAGUUGAAAUAGGUGAAGGUCACCAAGUUACAGUAACUGUUCCACAUGUUGAGGGUUGCGGUACCUCUCAUACUGUAUAUAAAGGUAACAAAAAACCCUGUCCUAAAGAAUGUGUUCUAAUUAUAGAUCAUAAGACCGGUACCUUUACCUUAGAGAAACUCACAAAUAAUAUAGCUGUUAAAAAAACAAGGACCAGCAAAGCCAACGUUGGUCGUCCAUCUACUCCUGUUGAUUCUCAAAAGAAUAAAAGUAGUUCUUCUCCUUCAAAAAGUAAAAAUCUACCUAGUCCAAGUAGUCAUAAAGAUCUUUCACCUUCCAUGCCUUUAUUUUUACCAACAGGUGAAAAAGAUGAAGAUGAGUCAUCACCUAUAGGUAAUAUAAGUAGUUCUGAUAGCUCUGAUAGUUCAGAUUCUAGUGAUGAAGAAAUGGAAACCAGUAAACCAGAUGAAUCAAAUGGAACAGGAAAAGUUCAAGCCCCAUUACCAUCUAUAUCACCACCAUUUAAAUCUACAUUAUUAACUCAAGAUCUUUGUUUAAGUGAAUCUGGUAGUGACAGUGAUUGAGGAUUUUUUUACAAUGCCUAGAGUGAGGUGUUGUUGAAACUGACUUAGAUAAAGACAGUAUAACUUACAGAAAAAGUAUUGAAUUAAGUACCUCUUUGAUCGAUGCUGUAUUUUACCAUUCUUUCAUAAAUGAAGUUGAAUUUUCAAGAAUAUUGCUCUAGGAAAUUGUAAAAGUAUGAAAUAAUUGUUUUACUUUAUCUUAUGUUAAGAUGAAGGAUAACCUAUUUACUUUAAACUUGUGUUGUUAAUCUUGCUAUGUGAUUAUUGAUAAAAAAUCUUGUGCUUACUCUUACUGCAAUCUUCAACCAGUAGCAUUGGCUUCUGAAAUCCGAGUCCAGGUGUUGUACAUGAGGUAGGGUAAGCUUCUGUUUCUACCACUUGAGAACACAAUAUAAUAUCAAUUUUUAGGGUGCAGAACAGAGGUUGUAAAUUAUGUCAUGUUGAUCAUGAUUCUUUUUCCUAUAAGCUCAAUUAAUACACUUACACUGUAGUAGAAGUAAAAACUAUCAUAUCCUUCUGUCUCUAGUUGACUCCAGAUUUAUAUCAAGUAUGAAGCAAGUGCUGUAUUAAUUUUUCCUCGAUUGUGGUGAUAUUUCAUAGAACUGGUGUAAAUAUUGAAUGAAUCUUUGAGUGAUAGUGUAUUUAUGUUAUUACGAGUGUAUAUAUGUGUAAUGUAAAUGGAUCUUGGGAUAUUAUUUGAUUUGAUGUUCCUGAAAAAAAAAUGGUUGUUAAAAUGUUGAUAUUGAUGAAAUGUUCUUUAUAAAAUGUUGAUUAGAAUCAAAUAAACUUUUUAUUCUCUUGCUAAUAA